UAACAUGGGUAUAUCGGUGGAUAAACAAUAACAAAUAAAAAAAUAUAAACAUUUACAACUAAAAGCAGAAUGUCUAGUAAUAAUCGCAAACGAACGGCCAAUGGAAGUAGCAGCGAAUCGGAGCCGGAUAGUGAAGAGGAGUCGCGUCUUAAGGAUUUGCGGGAACGAGAUGAGUUCGCCAAUCGUCUGAAGCAACGCGAUGAGGAGCGAACCCGCAAGGUGGUAGAAUCUACCGGCGGACGCAAGGCAAUUGAAGAAGCUACCAAACGACUAAAACUGGAGCACGAGGAUCGGGAUAAAAUAGUUCCUCAUUUGCGAAUCAAGUCACGUCGUCAGUAUCUAGAGAAGCGCAAAGAUGACAAAGUGGCCGAACUGGAGGCGGAUAUCUUAGAUGAUGAAUAUCUCUUCGAAGAGAGUGUGUUGACGAAACGGGAGAAGGAAGAGCGUCAUUAUAAGAAGCAAUUGCUGAAUAUAGCCAAGGAACAUGAGAAGGCCAGAGAAUUGGAGCGCGUGCAACGUUAUCGCAUGCCCCAGGAUCUGAAAAAGGGUGAAAAAUCGGAAUACGUGGAAGUUGAUGACUAUGAGAAACAACCAAAUUCAGAGCAAAAGAAAUGGGAAGCCGAGUUGUUGGCCUCCGCUUUGGGUUCUCAUUAUGGUUCGAACAAGGAUUCUAAGGCCCAGGACGAAUAUGAAUUGCUGCUGGAUGAUCAAAUUGACUUUAUUCAGGCUCUAACCCUAGAUGGCAAUAGGGAAAAGUCGUCGUCAUCCAGUCGACAGCCUGAGUUGACAGAGAAGGAACGUAAACGUAUGACGCUGGAUGAGACAAAACGCUCGUUGCCCGUGUAUCCUUUCAAAGAUGAUCUGAUAGCAGCCGUUAAAGAGCAUCAGGUUCUUAUUAUUGAAGGCGAAACUGGUUCAGGAAAAACCACCCAAGUACCACAGUAUUUGGUAGAAGCUGGUUUCACAAAGGAUAAAAAGAUGAUUGGUUGCACCCAGCCACGUCGAGUGGCUGCCAUGUCUGUGGCUGCUCGUGUGGCCGAAGAAAUGGGCGUAAAACUGGGCAAUGAAGUAGGGUAUAGCAUACGUUUUGAGGAUUGCACAUCGGAUCGUACCAUAUUGAAGUAUAUGACGGAUGGUACAUUACAUCGUGAAUUUCUCUCAGAACCCGAUUUGGGUUCUUAUAGUGUAAUGAUCAUUGAUGAGGCUCACGAGAGAACUCUGCAUACAGAUAUCCUUUUUGGUCUAGUCAAAGACAUAGCCAGAUUUAGGCCAGAAUUGAAACUACUCAUUUCCAGUGCCACCUUGGAUGCGGACAAAUUUUCAGCUUUUUUCGAUGAUGCUCCCAUAUUUCGAAUACCUGGCAGGCGUUAUCCUGUCGAUAUCUUUUAUACCAAAGCACCGGAAGCUGAUUACAUUGAUGCCUGUUGUGUGUCGGUAUUGCAAAUUCAUGCCACUCAGCCAUUAGGUGAUAUUUUGGUGUUCCUUACCGGUCAGGAUGAGAUCGAAACGUGUCAGGAGGUUCUGCAGGAUCGUGUGAAACGGUUGGGCUCUAAAAUACGCGAACUGGUAGUUGUGCCCGUCUAUGCCAAUUUACCCAGCGAUAUGCAGGCGAAAAUUUUUGAGCCCACUCCACCAAAUGCCCGUAAAGUCAUUUUGGCCACGAACAUAGCCGAAACGUCGCUGACCAUAGAUAACAUUAUCUAUGUCAUCGAUCCCGGUUUUGCAAAACAAAAUAAUUUUAAUUCACGCACUGGCAUGGAAUCCCUAAUGGUUGUGCCCAUUUCAAAGGCCUCUGCCAAUCAGCGAGCUGGUCGAGCAGGACGCACAGCGCCAGGCAAAUGCUUUCGUCUAUAUACAGCUUGGGCCUAUAAGCAUGAACUGGAGGAUAACACAGUGCCCGAAAUACAGCGCAUUAAUCUCGGCAACGCUGUUCUUAUGCUUAAGGCCUUGGGCAUCAAUGAUCUAAUACAUUUUGACUUUCUUGAUCCACCACCACAUGAGACAUUGGUACUGGCUUUGGAACAACUUUAUGCCUUGGGUGCUUUAAAUCAUCAUGGAGAACUGACCAAAUUGGGCAGACGUAUGGCCGAGUUUCCUGUGGAUCCCAUGAUGGGUAAAAUGUUACUGGCCAGCGAAAAGUACAAAUGCUCUGAGGAAAUGGUUACCAUUGCAGCCAUGUUGUCGGUGAAUAGUGCCAUUUUCUAUAGGCCAAAAGAUAAAAUUAUUCAUGCCGACACAGCCCGCAAGAAUUUCAAUCAUAUGCAUGGCGAUCAUUUGAGUCUGCUUCAGGUCUACAAUCAAUGGGCUGAGACAGACUAUAGUACGCAAUGGUGUUAUGAGAAUUUUAUUCAAUACCGCUCCAUGAAACGGGCAAGAGAUGUACGCGAGCAACUGGCUGGCCUAAUGCAGCGGGUGGAAAUCGACAUGGUCAGUUGCCUGCCAGAGACGAUUAAUGUGAGAAAAGCAGCCACGUCUGGUUACUUCUAUCAUGUGGCACGCCUCUCCAAGGGUGGACACUACAAGACCAUUAAACACAAUCAGACUGUAAUGAUUCAUCCGAAUUCAUCGCUGUUCGAAGAGCUGCCACGCUGGGUCCUCUACCAUGAGUUGGUGUUUACUUCCAAGGAAUAUAUGCGACAAGUGAUUGAAAUUGAAAGUAAAUGGCUGUUAGAAGUCGCACCACAUUAUUAUAAAGCCAAGGAAUUGGAGGAUUCUACAAAUAAGAAAAUGCCCAAAGUAACGGGGCGUUCUGAUAUGACACAAUAAAGAAGGCAAUAUAACAAAUUAA